UUCGACGUUGAUCCGAUGAUUGAAACAUUAAUCAAAUUUUCCUUUUCAGAAACAGAAAUGAGUUGGCAAAAUUUCUAUUACAAAUAGAUUAAAGUAUUCCUUUUCUUUUUGGAGGGGUUCUUUCAAUUUGUUUCACUAAAUACUACUCACGUGUAAAAGAGAAAAUAGUUGUAUUAUUGUUUGAGGAUUUGAGCCCAGUUUGAGAAUCGGAAUAGAGUUUACAACGGAUUGGAUCAGAGACUUAAGUGCUCUACAAAUUUUAGCAACAAAAUCGAGAAAAACAUGUUGCAGUGUAUAUUUCUUCUAUCAGAUUCCGGGGAAGUGUUGCUUGAGAAACAGCUUACUGGUCACCGGGUUGACCGCGCCAUAUGUGAUUGGUUCUGGGACCAAAUACUUACUCAAGGUGAUUCUUUGAAGCUUGUACCUGUUAUUGCUUCACCCACCCACUACCUAUUUCAAGUGGUUCGUGAGGGGAUCACCUUCUUGGCAUGCACCCAAGUUGAGAUGCCACCUUUAAUGGCAAUUGAGUUUCUUUGCAGGGUUGCUGAUGUUCUUUCGAAUUAUUUGGAUGGCUUGAAUGAAGAUCUGAUUAAGGAUAACUUCGUUAUUGUUUAUGAGCUGCUAGAUGAGAUGAUAGACAAUGGCUUUCCUCUAACAACAGAACCCAAUAUCCUGAGGGAAAUGAUAGCUCCUCCAAACAUUGUUAGUAAGGUUCUGAGUGUUGUCACUGGUAACACGUCCAAUGUGAGCAAUACACUUCCAGGAGCAACUGCUUCUUGUGUUCCGUGGAGAAAAACAGACCUUAAGCAUGCCACAAAUGAAGUUUAUGUUGAUCUUGUGGAAGAAAUGGAUGCUACUAUAAACAGAGACGGGAAUCUGGUGAAAUGCGAGAUAUAUGGUGAAGUUCAAGUAAAUUCAAAUUUGUCAGGUCUCCCGGAUCUCACUCUGUCGUUUGCAAACCCUUCAAUUUUUAACGAUGUGAGAUUUCACCCUUGUGUUAGACUUCGGCCAUGGGAAUCAAACCAGAUAUUAUCCUUUGUGCCACCUGAUGGACAAUUUAAGCUCAUGAGUUACAGGGUAAAGAAAUUGAAGAGUACUCCGAUCUAUGUGAAGCCGCAAUUCACCUCAGAUUCAGGGACAUGUCGAAUAAGUGUUUUAGUUGGAAUUCGGAAUGAUCCUGGAAAGUCAAUUGAUAAUAUGACAGUUCAAUUCCGACUACCACCUUGUAUCACGUCAUCUGAUCUUUCUUCAAAUCAUGGAGCCGUAAAUGUUCUUGCUGACAAGACCUGCUCAUGGACAAUCGGGCGGAUGCCAAAAGAUAAAGCUCCUUCCAUGUCAGGUACCUUAGUGCUUGAAACAGGCAUGGACCGGCUUCAUGUAUUUCCCACUUUCCAAGUUAGUUUCAGGAUUAUGGGAGUGGCUCUCUCCGGCUUAAAAAUCGAUAAGCUGGAUCUAAAGAAUCCACUUUCUCGACCACAUAAAGGUUUUCGGGCUCUUACAAGAGGAGGUGAGUUUCAGGUGAGAUCAUGAUUUCUCGACACAAGAAGGCGAAUAUCACGUGCGACCUUCAGUGUUUCUGUUGUACAUUUAUCAUAGUGCACUUGCCCUUGUGUUCUAUGUGUAGCUUUUAACCAUAAGUGAUUGAGGAUAGUAAUGAUUUUUUUGAUAUAUUUUUGUUUCAAAUAUUAUUUCACACUUAGAUGGGAGUUGAUAUGGAGUCUUUGUGAUUGUAAUCUGCUUCUGGAGUUGAUCUCUGUGAUUUAGAUGUUACUCAGCUCAAAUGGAAUUGUUUUGAGCAAGGGAGCAAGGUGAUGCUUAGAUGGAUUUUUUUUGUUUGUUUGUAUCUUUCCUUUAUAUAUAAUCGUGAGAACUACAUUUUUGUAAGGACAUGAUAGUAAUGUAUUUUUUCAAUUUAAUAUAUUAAAAGUAUGUUUCGCACGUGAAA